AGUUCAUAGGCGCUCACAAAAAAUAUUUCGGUUAAACAAGUUCUUUGUUUUUUUUCUUCCACAGUUCUAAAAACUCUGCAACAAUGAGCGUUUCCACAAUUCUAUUGGCCUGUGUGAUUUUCUUGUUCGUCUAUUUGGGUUAUAAAAAACGAAAACAAUUGGCGUAUUGGCGAGAUCAGGGCGUCGCCUGCGAUACUCCCCAUUGGCUGUUGGGCAACGUUGAGGGGAUAAUGUCAAGCAGAAGCUACAGUCAAAUCAUAAAGGAGUAUUAUGAGAAAUUUAAAAAUUUUAGCCCCUUUGUGGGGUUCUAUUGGUUUACCAAACCUGCUGUUUUUGUUUUGGAUCCAGUUCUAAUGAAGCAUAUACUUGUCAAAGAUUUUUCAAAAUUUAUUGAUCGAGGCUUGUAUAACAAUGCAGAGGAUGACCCACUAACCGGUCAUCUAUUGAAUUUGGAAGGCGACAAAUGGCGCUAUAUGCGCAACAAGUUAUCACCCACAUUCACCUCGGGAAAGAUGAAAGCCAUGUUUCCAUUGGUUAUGGAAAUUGGCGAUAAACUGAUGGAAGUGGCCAACAAAUCUCUGGCCACCUCUCCGGUAAUGGAGGUACGCGAUUUAGUGGCCCGUUUCACCACCGAUGUCAUUGGCACCUGUGCCUUUGGCUUGGAGAUCAACAGUUUACACAAUCCUGAAGUGGAGUUUAGGAAAAUGAGCCGUAAGGCUCUUACCGAACAACGCUAUGGUACUCUGGGCUUUAUGGUGCGCUUCAAUUUUCCUCAGCUAUCCAGGCGUCUUCACCUAAAGGAAACCAUGGAGGAUGUGGAAAAGUUUUUCCUUGGCAUAGCCAAAAGCACAGUGGAUUAUCGCGAGCAGCACAAUGUAAGGCGUAAUGAUUUUAUGGACAUGUUAAUCGAUUUGAAGAAUAACAAACUGAUGAAAAGCGAUAAUGGCGAAGAACUGACCAAUCUAACAUUUGGCCAAUUGGCAGCCCAGGCUUUUGUAUUUCUUUUGGCUGGUUAUGAGACAUCUUCGACCACCAUGAGUUUUGCCCUCUACGAAUUGGCGCUCAAUCAGGCAAUACAAGAGAAGGCCAGGGAGGAGGUUGUAAAGGUAUUGGGUGCCCACAACAACUGCUUCACUUAUGAAUGUAUGAAGGAUAUGGUGUAUUUGGAGCAGAUAAUAGAGGAAACACUGCGUCUUUAUACCAUUGUACCUGCCAUUAUAAGAAUUGCUGCAGACGAUUUUGUUGUGCCUGAUCAUCCCAAACAUGUCAUUAAGAAGGGUAUGCACGUUUUCAUACCCUCGGCAGCCAUACAUCGUGAUGAGCGCUAUUUUCCCCAACCAAACGUUUUCAACCCCGAUCAUUUUAGUCCCGACAAAGUGGCUGCUCGUGAUACUGUCUUGAAUUUAUCCUUUGGCGAUGGACCACGAAAUUGUAUAGGCGCACGUUUUGGCAAAAUGCAGGCCAUUGUUGGUCUAGCCUUGUUGUUGGCAAAUUUCAAAUUUUCCACUUGUGAUCGCACACCAAUUCCCAUGAAAAUUGACAAGAAAAGCCUUUUGCUGUCCUCAGAGGGUGGGAUCCCUUUGUUGGUGCAGAAUUUGGAUCGCAAAUAAAAUUUCUGGUUAU